CCAUCUGUUAGGUUGAUGUACACUCGUAUGUGAGUCUCGUUCUUACCUGGCGAAUCCAUGACUCGGUAUGGGAGAGAGAGAGGGGUUUACAUUAGGCUUGUAACGAGAGGAUCCAUCCUUUUCAAAGUAGAUAGAAAUGUUUCUUCUACUGGUACAGUCAGUCGUCUUAUUAUAAAGUCGUAAGGAUAGUUUGACGUAAAUAAGUGUCAUUUAUUAAUUGUUUUUAUUAAGAUUAAUUAUUUAAAGAGAUUUUUAUAUUUCUUAUUUCUUGUGAGAAUAAUCAUCUAAGACAACUAAUCAUCUUAUAUAUUAUUAUAUAUCUUAUUGUACAAUCUUUUAGAAAAUAAACAACACACCCACACAAAAAAAAUAAAAAAAAUGACGUUGCUACCACCAACGGUGGAGCAGCAAAAACGGAUCAAUGAAGAAAUUCCUACGGAUCCGGAAAUGGUCAAAAGGGAUAUCAUUGCCCUUCGCGAAUGGCUUUCUAAACAAUUGCAUUUACCAAAUCAUAUGGAUGACACAAGGUUGAAACAUUUUCUAUUCGGUUGUAAAAAUAGCGUAGAACGAUGCAAACAAAUACUUGAAAAAUAUUUCAGCGUACGUACAGCAUUGCCAGAAUUGUUUACCAUUCGUGAUCCAUUGUCGCAAGAAAUUCAAGAUUGUUGCGAAACCAUGCAAUAUUUCGUAUUACCGUCAUUAACUAAAGAAGGAUAUCGAGUUACUGUUUUUAGAUUAGUUGACACGGAUGUUGACAAAUUUACCAUUCAAGCGAUAGCUAAAAGAAUUUUAAUGGUACAGGAUAUUCGUAUAGUUGAAGAACCAUGUUCAUCUAAUGUUAUGAUUAUUGAUUUUGAGGGUUUUACUGCAGUACACAUUGCUAAAUGUAGUCCAACUCAAACUAUAGUAAGACGAGCAAUGUUGGCAAUACAGGAUAGCAUGCCAAUGCGACUUUACAUGAUUCAUUUUUUACAUGCACCUAAUUUUAUUGCUAACGUUCUUAAUCUAUUUUAUCCACUGCUUAAAACAAAAUUAGUUGAAAAGUUUCGUAUACACUCGGGUGGUGGUGAAGAAUUGUAUUCUUACAUGGAUCAAGAAAUUUUACCAAACGAAUGGGGUGGCAAAGCUGGUACAUUUGCUGAACUUAAUGAUGCUUGGAAGAAGAAAAUUGAGAGAAACAGAGAUUGGUUAUUGAGAGAAGAGAAACUCAGUCGUACUGAUGAGAGUUUACGUUUACCAGACACUAAACCAGGUUUUUUCUUGGAACUCAAUGGCGUACAAGGUUCUUUUAGAAAAUUAAAUAUCGAUUAGAGACAAACAAUUCAUCAAAAUUAUAUUAUUAUACGAGAUAAUAAAUU